UCAGGUUCUAGUUCAGGUUCUAGUUCAGGUUCUAGUUCAGGUUCUAGUUCAGGUUCUAGUUCAGGUUCUAGUUCAGGUUCUAGUUCAGGUUCUAGUUCAGGUUCUAGUUCAGGUUCUAGUUCAGGCUCUAGUUCAGGUUCUAGUUCAGGUUCUAGUUCAGGUUCUAGUUCAGGUUCUAGUUCAGGUUCUAGUUCAGGUUCUAGUUCAGGUUCUAGUUCAGGUUCUAGUUCAGGUUCUAGUUCAGGUUCUAGUUCAGGUUCUAGUUCAGGUUCUAGUUCAGGUUCUAGUUCAGGUUCUAGUUCAGGUUCUAGUUCAGGUUCUAGUUCAGGUUCUAGUUCAGGUUCUAGUUCAGGUUCUAGUUCAGGUUCUAGUUCAGGUUCUAGUUCAGGUUCUAGUUCAGGUUCUAGUUCAGGUUCUAGUUCAGGUUCUAGUUCAGGUUCUAGUUCAGGUUCUAGUUCAGGUUCUAGUUCAGGUUCUAGUUCAGGUUCUAGUUCAGGUUCUAGUUCAGGUUCUAGUUCAGGUUCUAGUUCAGGUUCUAGUUCAGGUUCUAGUUCAGGUUCUAGUUCAGGUUCUAGUUCAGGUUCUAGUUCAGGUUCUAGUUCAGGU